GAGCUCUGCGUCUGCAAAGCAGAGUCUUUCCGGACACGACGACCCCCUCCAAGUCACCUUGCGGGAAGCUCCCUCAACCCGACGUCGAGUUCUGUCACGGUCAAGCCAAGCGUCCAAACACAAUGGCGACGCCAGAGAUCCUCGCCAUUCCUUGCAAGCUCGAUGCCUUCGUGUUCAACGCUGCGGUAUGCGGCGGAACAUCGACUCACCCAAAUGACGAUAACAACAAGAACCUGGCCAAAAUUGCCCCCUUGAGCCAGCCCAACUACACUUUUCUGCGUUUCGAGCGCACCAUGGUGCAGAAUGACAUCCUCAACUUCACCGACCUGCACAAGACCGGCCCGGCCCCGUUCAACCCCCGCUUCACCGACCUGGGUACUGGACUGCCGCACACUCAGCGUCAAGGCGUGUACCUUCACUGGAUUGUCCCGCGACCGUACCGCACGGGAUCUACAAUCUCCCAGGACCAGAAGGUCGAGUCGAAUGCGAGGGAGCAAGCUGGCUUCAAGCCCAAGACUAGGGCACCGAAGGGAGAUGUGGGAGAUGUGGGAGAUGACGAUGCUCCACCUAUCCCGGCAGAUACAACUGCUCCCGACUUUAAUCCCGCGCCGCCACGAUGGCUGGUUAUUCGCAAAGUGGAAAAGAGUGACCCGCCAAAUGUGUUGCCCGAAGUAGAUGCGUGGGUUGUCGAGAGCGACCGCCGGCACAAUCUUGAUGACAUCCCGACAAAGCCGGACAUCGACCUCCAAGUUGAUUUCUCGCCCUACAUCCGGGGCGGCACCGCUGAGAAUCUCGACGGGACUGCCAUUGACCAGCAGGCCGAGGUCUUUAUCGGAUACAAGGAGUCCGCGAGCACCUGGACUGAGUCUUAUAACCCCAAGCAGCCCAGCGACAAGCAGCCUGGCCGGGUCGACCUGAACCUGCUCAACUCGUCGAACCAACUGUUUCCCGACUACCAGCCACACAACAGCAACGUCUUCAGCAUAAUCGACACCCUGCAGUACGGCACAGAUAAGAAAGGGAAUCCGUUGGUGGUGAGCACAGCGACUAUCAGCUACUACGUGCUAGGAUGGCAUUCGAGCGACCAGCAGGACCCCUUUGGAACGCUGGAUCCCAACGGGACCGUCACACGGGGACAACGGCUUGCCGCACUCAACAUGGUGCUCGACCAGGCGGAUGCAACGACGGCAGAUGGUGUCAAGGAUUGGCUCGACUCCAAAGACCCGACACGAGUUCUCUGUCACGGGGCCAUGUACAAUGUGCUUUGGGACGGAGGCAGCAAACCGCCGAUAGUUCCGGCGGACAACUUCUUCAAGACGCUGAAUAGCGACAUGCCAGUCUCGGUCGGCACAACGCCCAUGGAUUCUCUCCUCACCUACAUAAAGAGCCACGUCAGUCCAAACGUCGUCUACGGAGACCCCAUUCAACAGGUCGAGCAGGACCUGCUCAGGAUCCAAAAGCUCCUGCACGCUCACGACGACGGCGUCGAGGGGCAGGCAGAGGCAGACGAUAUUGUGUACAACUGGAACUUUUCCAGCACCAGUGGAGGCAACCACUACUUCCUCGCGAGCAGCGAUGGGGGUUCAGGCGAUAAGGGCCGUCCGACGGCUCCAAGUCCAACCGACAUUCGAAAUCUGGCCACACUAAACAACUGCCAGAGGUAUCUCGAUGGGCUGAACCGUCAACUGGAGCUUCUCCGGUGGGGGAUGUUCGCCUUCUGGUGGCAGUACAUGACCGACCUGCAGCCGACGACGACCCCAGACCAAGUCAAGGCCAAGUCGGACAAGAUAAUGGCAAUUAUGGCCCAGAUCAUGGUUGCGACCAAUGCCGUGGAGGCGGCCAAGAUCCUCAUCCCUGGCGGCCUGGCACAAAUGGGCGUGCUGCCACCGUACUACCAGGCUCGUGAUCCCACGAUGCUCGUCGCGGGGAUCGAAUCGGGUUGGCCGUGGGACUACCUCAACCAGCUACAGUCCCGCGUGGACACGCAACUAUACUACGCUCCCGCGGUCGUCCCUGAAAUGGACCCUGCCUGGACCUCAUUCUGCAACACAAUCCUGCCCAAGCUGGACCCAGCGGUGCAGGGUGCGGCCCUGAGUCUUGUUGGCGAGUUCCUCGCCCUAGACCCGGACACUGUCGCGCCACCGCCACCGCCGGCGCAAGCUGGUUAUGAAGCUCCGCUUUACCACGACUUGGAUAAGAAGCAUGCUCUCCCGGAUGGCAAGGCGCCGUGGCGGGACCGUUGGGAACAGAGCCAAGCUUGGUUUCCCUUGUUCCUCGAGUGGGAAGCGGAAUACACGCACAUACCGCUCGAGGUGACGGAUCCUCUGUGGACUCUCGACCAGCGCGGAGCUUGGCCAAACGACCCCGUGAAGCUGCGAUACGGCAUCACGCCGGGCGUCGAGCUCGCAGAUAUCAACCCACCUCUGAGUGACAAGCGGACCGUGUCCGGCCGAGUGCUGAUCCUGCCGCAGCCGGAGCUCAACCUCCAGACCAUCGUGACGCAAAUCCUCGCCAACCUGCCCGAGGGAUAUCUGACCCCGGAACAAGCCAGAGAGCUCAAAGAUAACCUGCACGAGCUCGCCUUCCUCUCGUCCCCGCUGUCGGGCUUCACCGACCAUCUCCUCACGCGGGUCCAGGGAAACCACAUCAAGCCCACUGUGCGCGACUCGUCGGCAGGCACCGUUAAACCAUUCGCAGCAGCCAUCGAUGUUGGCAAGAGCGUCGGUUUCGACAAGCCGCAGCUCACGAUGAUGGGCAUCAACACCGACCUCUUGCCAUAUGGGACGCUUGUCAGCUACCUGGAUGACAACUAUUGCCCAUUCAAGCCAGCAACGCAUGGCCAAUUCAGGUUCACCGCCCUGAACGUCAUCGACAAGUUCGGGCAGGCCAUCACUGCCAUCGACCCGACGCCGAUGCCCGUCGACCAGGGUCCGCCGCCGCUGUAUCCCUGCAUCAGUGAAUACUAUGUGCCCCAGUCGUCGAGCAAGGACGCCGAGGUGGCCAACACGGUCGUGCAGGACAAGCCGGGCUUGUGCCAGUAUGUGCAGCUGCCGCCGGCCAUCAACCAGCCGGCGCGACUCAACUCGACCUUUGUCGAUUACCUCCCGGCGGACCCCGCAAGAAAAACCGCCGAGGGCUGGCAGGCCUUGACCGAGUGGGAUGACCCUGUCUGGGGGUGGGUUGUGCCCAACUACGCCGACAGCGGCAUCCAGCUGUUCUUGCCCGAUGGAACAUUCUUUCGGGAGAUCCGCCUCGGCGGUCCCAAUGGAGCCACCGAAUCGGGCGCCUGGCUCCCGUUCGACAAGCCGACGUCUGACGUUUCGAAAGACCCAAACGUCCACCAGCUACAACUCCUUGCAGAUAAGCUGGCCGACAAGGACUACCUGCACUCGUUCAUCGCCAUGGUGAACACGUCGAUGGGCACUUCGGCCCCUCCCCCAACAGCCUACUCGGAAUUCCUGUCCGCCCUGAUCGGGAAGCCCCUGGCGCUAGUCAAGGUGGGCUUCUCGCUCGAGCUCGCCACGGACCAGCUCUCCAACACGAGCACCAUCCUCGGCCCGCCUACCAACCCCGAGAUGCCGCUCCUGCCAAGCAAGGAUGACCCCGACAACCACUACCGCUUCCAGAUGCAGCUGGGCGACCCAUCACGCAUGUACGACGGCCUCAUUGCCUACCUCCUCCCUUCCGCGAAACCCACGGUAGGAGACGCGCUCGACCUCUCCAUGCUGUACACCCACUUCGUCCCCAAACCACCAAAAAAGGGCGACCCUCCGACGCCACCGACGCCGAACCUGACCGAGAUCGCCGAGCCCAACUACCCCCUCCUCUCUCCCUUCUGGAUCGACCCAAUGGACACCACCAUCGUCAGCGCCAAGGACCCCAGCGCCGUCUACGCAGCCAAAUGGACAGCCCAUCUGCAACCCUUCGGCGCCCUAGUCGACCCCUUCACCGCCCUCCACGCCUACACCGGCAUCCUCCCCACAUCCCCAACGCAGCUGCCCACCUGGACAUGGCAGACGGCCUUCGCCCGCAUGACAGCCUUCUUCCACAUGGGCCCCCUGCUCGCGACCACAGACGCACCCCCCUACACGCCCACCUACGCCCUGGGACCCGAUGACUACGACGUCAAGGACGACAACAAGGUCCUCCCCGGCUCAGGGCUGGGCAUCCCCGCCAUGCAGACCGGCCAGUGGGCGUGGCUGCAGCCCUACGAUAGGCCCGGACCGGUGGGGGUGGGGGAAGGGGAGACUGGAUUCAUGGCUAUGGAUAUGGCGGCCGUGGAUCAGAGGCCCAGGUUUGAGCCGGCGCCGUAUACGGCGCUCGAGGGGUACAUGCAGCUUAGGAGGCCGAUUGGGGGGGAUGUGCCUGGGGCGCCUUCGCCCCCGCCAACUCCUCCGACUCCUCCUCCUACUGGAGGGGCUGCGAGGAGGCGCCGGGGGCGUUAAUAGGGGUUCGUUGGGGGUUGGAUGGGGAGUAUUCUUGGAGUCACACUGAAGUAGGAAUUGUCUCUUGGUAAC